AAACUUAAAACACAUUUGUCAUUUUAGGCGACCACUAACCAGUAACCACGAAGGAGAAAGAAAGAAUCUCUCGCAGUGCAUCUCUCAUCUAAUCAAACAAUGGCGAUUCGUUCUGUAGCGACUAGAAAAACCCUAGCCGGAUUGAAGGAGACAUCUUCGAGGCUCCUGGGAUUCCGUGGAAUUCAGACCUUUACGCUUCCUGAUCUUCCCUAUGAUUAUAGCGCUCUGGAGCCGGCGAUUAGCGGCGAGAUUAUGCAGCUUCAUCACCAGAAGCACCACCAGACGUAUGUUACUAAUUACAACAAUGCCCUCGAGCAGCUGGAUCAGGCCGUGAACAAGGGAGACGCUUCCACUGUCGUCAAGUUGCAGAGCGCCAUCAAGUUCAACGGCGGAGGUCAUGUGAACCACUCGAUUUUCUGGAAGAACCUUGCUCCUGUCAAUCAAGGUGGUGGAGAGCCACCAAAGGGAGCUCUUGGCGGAGCAAUUGACACUCACUUUGGCUCCCUCGAAGGUUUGGUGAAAAAAAUGAACGCUGAAGGUGCUGCUUUGCAAGGCUCAGGAUGGGUGUGGCUUGGUUUAGACAAAGAGCUUAAGAAGCUUGUGGUUGACACAACUGCCAAUCAGGAUCCACUGGUGACAAAAGGAGCAAGUUUGGUUCCUCUGGUGGGUAUAGAUGUUUGGGAGCACGCCUAUUACUUGCAGUACAAGAAUGUGAGGCCGGAUUAUCUUAAGAACGUGUGGAAAGUGAUCAACUGGAAGUAUGCAAGCGAGGUUUAUGAGAAGGAAUGCAAGUGAAUCGUCAAAAGAUAAGAUAAAGAGAGGAACCAGUUCCAGCUCGGCUUUUGUUUUUAAAGUUGUCCGAAACAAACUUAUUAUGUCUCUUUUGUCUUUCAAUUAGCUCGACUGAGCUGUGUGGAUGCAAUAAUACGUCGUUUUAUAAGAGAAUUUGCAAGAAUAAAACGUUUGUUGUUCAUAAGAA